AUGCGUGGUCCAAAACAACGAAAAGUUGUUACACCGAUUAAAGAACAGAAUCCCAGUACGGUUGUACAACAACACGUAGAGCAAAAUAUACAUGCAAAUAAUGUACUUGUUGCUGAAUACGAUGUAAUUAAUAAAGAAAGACCUAUUUCAUGUUGGAAAAAGGAUUUACUUAUUCCACGAUGGCUCUUAAUGACUUUAGCUACAUUAGCUAUCGUUUUUUUAACUGCAUUUAUUAUUUUUGCUACAAUUGUUACACUCCAAAAACAAGGAAAUGGCGGUGCAUGUAAAUCCAAUAGUGAUUGUCGUCAAGACGUAGGUCUAAUAUGUAAUAAUUAUCGUUGUGGAUGUGCUUAUUCACAUUUUUGGAGUACUACAUAUGAUGUAUGUGAACGACGACGAAUGGUUAAUCGAACAUGUGUAAAUGAUUCGGAAUGUGAUAUAUUAGCAAAUCUACAAUGUUUCAAUGUUACACUUAAUAAUGGUGAUAUACAAUUGCAGUGUCAAUGUAAAGGUGGAUUAUCAUGGAAUGGUAUUGCUUGUUCUUAUCAAACUUUAUACAAUUCAAGUUGUAUUAAUAGUGCCAAUUGUGAUACUACACGGUUUUUAUAUUGCGAUUUUUCUGCAGGAACACCAGGCAGGUGUAAUUGUAAUGCAUCAAUGUUCUGGAAUGCAAAUCUAAUUUCGGGUACAUGUGAAUACAAACGAACAGUUAAUCAAUAUUGCUAUCCAUAUGAUGAUAGUUGGUGCGAUAAUACAGCUCCUCUUGGUCAAGGUCUUACUUGCGCUGCAUAUUCAAAUCCUUAUGGAAGUGAAUAUGGUGUUUGUCAAUGUGGUAUCUAUAAAUUUUAUAAUGGUACAGCUUCAUUGGGUAAUGGAUAUUGUGAACCAUUACGUGAUUAUAAUCAUUCUUGUUCAUCAACAUCAAAUUGUGAUUUUCGAAAAGGUUUAAUCUGUUCAAAUAAUCUUUGUACAUGUUUAUCAACUCAAAAUUAUGAUUCAACAAUUGUUGAUACGGGAGGUGUCUUUGGAGCUUGUACAGCAGCAGCAACUUAUCUUGAUAACUGUACAUCUAUCAUUAAAUGUAGUGCAUCAGCAGGUCUUUAUUGUGAUUAUACACAUUAUGCAUCAACAAAUAUAACUGGUAUUUGUAAUUGUAACAGUUCAACAUCAUUUUGGGAUGGUCUUGAAUGUGCAAGUAAAUUAACAAUUGGUGGUGAAUGUACAACAAGCACAGAAUGUAAUGCAGGUGAUGGUCUAUUUUGCAGUAAUUAUACACAAUCUUUAGGAACAUGUGAUUGUGAUAAAAAUCAUUUUUGGAAUUAUACUUGUAUAAUUAAACAAUGGUAUAAUACAACUUGUCCAUCAUCAUAUGUUUGUGAUGAUAAUCGUGGUUUAUUUUGUCAACCUACUGGUGGUUCUUUUUUCUUAAAAUGUGAUUGUUUUAAUUCGAGUUUUAUAUGGGAUUCAUUAUAUGUUACAAAUCGAUCACACAUAUGUGUACUCAAAAUGGGUUAUGGUGCAUCAACAUGUUUCGGUGAUCUUGAAUGUCAAGAUCAAAAUUAUUUAAAAUGUUAUAAUGGUACAUGUUUAUGUACAUAUAUUGAUUAUUUUAAUGGUAUUCUUUGUACACCAAAACUAAAUUUUACAGAUCCUUGUCAAAAUACUACAAUGUGCCGAGAUUUUGCUCCAGUUAAUUUAGUUUGUCGACCUGGGCCGACGGCAUCACAUGCAUUGCAGUGUUUAUGUAAUAUAACUUCAUAUUGGUCCGAUUGUUUACAAGCAUGUAUUGUUUCUAAAUAUCGUCAUCAAGCAUGCACACUUACAUCGAAUUGUUCUAGUAACGAAUGUGAUGUAACAGCUAAUUUACAAUGUAUUAAUGAUACGGUUUCAAAUCAGACUGUAUCUGGUUGGUGUAAUUGUACUACUUUACAAUGGUGGAAUGGAACAUAUUGUCGAAAUAAAGGAACUCCAUCUUGGGGAUCUAAUUCAAGUGAUCUAUGUAAUGCAACAUAUCAAUGCGCAGAUUACAAUUUAGUAUCUUGUCCACUUGGUUCAAGUUCAGUUACAUCCGUUGCAACAUGUGAAUGUGCUACAACUAAAUAUUGGGUUUGUCAAUUAAAUGUUUUUUUGUUAAAUUAG